AUGGAUCAAAACGGUGGAGAAAGUGAUAUCCUACGCAGAAAGGAGCAGCUCAACACCCGAAGAACAACAUUAUUAGAUCAGCUGGGACGAGCUGAGAAAUUCAUCGAAACAUACGACGCUGGGCGGGAUGAGCUCGAGGUGCCGCUUCGCCUGGAAAGCUUGGACGUGCUGUGGACAUCCCUCGAAGAAACUCAAUCCACUCUCGAAGAUUUGGAAAUAUCCACCGAUGGUAAGAGUACCAAUCUGAAAUUUCGUGCUACAUAUGAACCAAAGCUUUUUAGAAUAAAAGCAAUUCUGCGAUCUAAACUGCCUCCUCCAACUCUUCCUGCACUCAGCCGCCCUCCAGACGUUCCCUCUCGCGCUUCGUCCACCUUGUCUAAUCUGAAGUUGCCUACUAUUUCACUUCCCGAAUUUGACGGCGACUACAAACAAUGGCUAACGUUCCACGAUACAUUCUUAGCACUUAUCCACGACAAUGACGAAUUGCCUAUGAUCCAGAAAUUCCACUAUCUCCGUGCUGCCCUCAGAGGAGAAGCAGCGCAGCUAAUUGAAGCUAUUGCAAUUAGUGCAGCGAACUAUCCUCUUGCUUGGGAAUCGCUAAUUAGUCGCUACUCAAAUGAAUACCUACUGAAAAAACGGCAUCUUCAGGACCUAAUGGAUAUCCCGCGUAUGAGGACAGAGACAGCCGUAGCAUUACAUUCUACCUUGGAUGAAUUUCAACGUCAUAUUAAAAUCCUGCAGCAGCUUGGCGAACCAACUGACGCCUGGAGUACGUUGUUAGAACAUCUUUUGUGUACACGUUUGCAUAAUGAUACGAUCAAGGCGUGGGAAAAUCAUGCUGCUACCGUUGAGGAUCAAAGCUACACCUGUCUUGUUGAUUUUUUGGAGAAACGUAUUCGAGUACUUGAAUCUAUAUCCGUUAAUAACAAUGCCAAUCCAUCCACUUCCGCAUCGCACAUGAAUGGUUCCGUCUUUCGUAAACAUUCCGUACCCAUCAGGAUGUCAUCUCAUUCUGCUACCGAAAAUACUUCUCCAAAGUGCCAUGCUUGUGACAACCGACAUUUGCUGGUGAAUUGUUCUCACUUCCGUAACAUGCCGAUUGCUGAAAAGCUUCGUUUAGUGAAUUCGAAAAAAUUAUGCGUAAAUUGCUUCCGCAAAGAUCAUUUUGCGCGUGACUGCAACUCUAAUUACACAUGUCGAGUGUGCAGAAAGCGACACCAUUCCCUACUACAUCCCGGAUAUUCCAAUAAUUUUGGACAAAACAGUCAAGCAACAGCAUUAAAUGUUGCUACCUAUAGUAACCCUAGGCCACCAAAUGUCUCCUAUUCCAAUGAUCAUCAAAAAGUAAAUAGUGCUCCAGCUAUAACCCAGUUCACUGAUAUGCAACAUAAUAUUGUCGUCCAAGAUUCAUCUCCUACCGUUUUCAUGCUGACUGUUAUUCUGUGCGUUACGGAUGUCUAUGGAAAGGAGCACUAUGCUCGCGCUUUGUUGGAUAGCGGGUCCCAACCCAACUUAAUAUCCGACCGAUUAGCACAAUUAUUGCGUUUGAAGCGUCAGCGCACUAAUAUUCUUGUACAAGGAAUCGCCGAGAAACCUGAGCACUCCACCGAGUCAGUGUCGACUAAAAUCCGCUCCCGAAAAGGAGAUUUCUCCCGCGAAGUCACCUUCCUAAUCCUUAAAAGAAUGAUUACAAAGCUUCCUGCAAAAACCAUUCCAGUGGACGGUUGGAACAUUCCAAAUGAUAUUUUUAUGGCUGAUCCUAGUUUUAACUGCUCUAAUGGAAUCGACAUAAUUUUGGGUUCUCAGUACUUCUUUGAGUGCUUUCCAUCUGCAACUCGUAUACAAUUGCCUCAACACCUUCCUGUACUAGUCGAUAGCGUGUUUGGCUGGAUAGUUGCUGGCGGAGCUCAUCUCAUACCUUCAAAUGCUGAUACUACGUGCUGCAAAACGGUAACCAUUUCAUUGGAUCCUCUCGAACACAGUAUGAAACGCUUUUGGUGCACAGAAGAACUUUGUCCCAGAUCGCUGCUAUCUGACGAAGAAAGAGCGUGCGAAGAUCAUUAUCAAUCUACUGUAUCUCGAACCGAGCACGGGCGAUAUAUUGUGCGAUACCCCAAACGUCCAGGUUUCGACGGACUGAUUGGAGACUCAAAACCUGCCGCCUUGCGCCGUUUUUCGUUACUUGAACGCAGAUUCGCAAAUAAUCCAAUGUUGAAAAAAAGUUAUGAUGAAUUCAUGAAAGAAUACCUUUCUUUGGGUCAUAUGCGCCUUAUCGAUGAAAUCGAUACAACCGUAAAUGGUUUAUACCUUCCACACCACCCGGUCAUUAAAGAACAAAGUACCACCACGAAGACUCGCGUCGUAUUUGAUGGCUCUUCCAAAACGUCAUCAGGAUAUACUUUGAAUGAUGCUCUAUGUGUAGGACCUGUCGUGCAGGACGAUUUGCUGACUUUGGUAAUUCGCUUUCGAAAGUACCCUGUAGCUCUAGUGGCUGAUAUAGAGAAAAUGUAUCGCCAGAUACUUAUUCACACUGACGAUACACCUAUGCAGCGGAUUAUAUGGCGUUUUAGCAAUUCUGAACCACUUUCAACAUACGAACUUUUAACAGUUACCUAUGGUCUAGGUCCAUCUUCCUUUUUAGCCACGCGCACCCUUCAGCAGCUUUCGGAAGACGAAGGAAAACCUUAUCCCCUGGGUGAGCAUGCACUGCGCAAAUCAUUUUAUGUGGACGACUUUAUUGGCGGUGCUGAUUCCGUUCCUGAAGCAUACAGGUUGCGUGACGAAUUGACAGAACUAUUGGGAAAGGGAGGAUUUCCCAUUAGAAAAUGGACUUCAAACAAAUUAGAAUUACUAAAAGGGCUGAACGCAGAACAACUUGGAACCCAAUCUGCCCUGAAAUUUGAUUCAGAUGAAACGGUGAAAACGUUGGGUAUUUUAUGGGAACCUGCUGUGGACCAAUUCCGAUUCGAUUGCCAUGCAACCCGAGAAGUAAACCUAGUGACGAAACGAUCAAUCCUCUCUGCCAUAUCUCAAUUGUUUGAUCCGCUUGGUCUGGUAGCACCAAUAGUUGUACGAGGUAAAAUACUGAUGCAGGAGCUUUGGUUAACAGCGUGUUCGUGGGAUGAUAUUGUACCAGAUUCUUUAAAGUUGAAAUGGGAAAAAUUUUACUACGAUCUACCUCGGCUGUCGGAGUUUAGAAUCGACCGAUACGCCUUUCUACCAAAAUCGGAUAUUCAACUCCACACUUUUGCUGAUGCGUCGGAAGUUGCUUAUGGGGCAUGCACUUAUGUACGUUCUAUAGACUCCACCGGUAAGGUGAACGUCCAGUUAUUAGCUGCAAAAACCCGUGUUGCUCCUUUGAAGAGACUUUCGUUACCUAAGUUGGAGCUAUCUGCGGCUGUUGUUGCUGCCCGCCUCUACACACGAACCAUUGAAGCUUUGGACCUCAAAAUGUGUAAAUGCUUCUUCUGGUCUGACUCCACCGUGACCCUCCAAUGGCUUAAAUCGCCUCCCAAUGCUUGGAAAACUUUCGUUGCCAACAGGGUGUCGGAAAUCCAAACUACCACUCACGGAGCCCAAUGGAAUCAUGUAGUAGGGAUUCAUAAUCCGGCUGACCUUUUGUCCAGGGGAAUGCAGGUUGACGCUUUUCUGCAAAGCGAGCUCUGGAAAAAGGGACCAGAGUGGCUCUCGUCUCCAGAAAGGAACUGGCCCAUCCCUAAGCAAAUUGAAACACAAGAUGCAGAAAGUGAACGUAAAACCAUACUAGUAGCCGUUGCCACAAUAAAGCCGAGAUACAAUCCAUUAUUUGAACGCUAUUCCCAAUUUAACCGCUUAGUACGUGUAGUAGCUUAUUGUCAAAGAUUUGUCGACAACACCCGCUGCAGAGCUCGAACUGUUCCUGUGGUUUUUACCGGUCCAAACUCAACUACUCUGCUUUCUGUUGAACACCUUCAUCAGGCUAAAACUUUAUUAGUUCGAUUGGCGCAAAAGGACAACUUCGAAGAUGAAUUGCGAGACCUUCAACACGACCGACCUGUGAAAAGGCAAUCUUCUGUUAGACUUUUAAGCCCAUUUUUAGACAGCAAAGGUAUUUUGAGAGUGGGAGGGCGGCUCAGACUGGCAGUAAAGUCUUUUGAAUCCAAACACCCAGCACUGCUUCCAAGUUUCCAUCCCCUAGCCAAACUUAUAGCACGAUCAUUUCACGAAAAAUUGGUACAUGGUGGCGUCAACCUUACAUUAGCUGCUAUGCGAGAUGAAUAUUGGCCAAUUAACGGUCGUCGAUUAGUACGGAGUGUGAUUCGUAAUUGCUUUAAAUGUACCCGAGCAAAUCCCGUCCCAAUGCGUCAGCAGAUCGGCCAACUUCCAGCAUCAAGAAUCACCCCAAGCAGACCGUUCACCGUAACUGGCGUCGACUACGCAGGACCCGUAUAUAUCAAAGCAAUCCAUAAACGAGCAUUGCCCACGAAGGCAUACAUCUGUCUUUUUGUGUGCUUCGCCACAAAGGCAGUUCACUUAGAACUGGUAAGCGAUCUAUCGACACCAGCCUUUCUCAACGCCUUUCGCCGUUUCAUCGCACGUCGGGGCCGACCAGCACAUUUGCAUUCCGACAACGGAAAAAACUUCAUUGGAGCCAAGAAUUCGCUCCACGAGCUGUAUCGUAUGUUGACUGAUCCUAAAGAGAUCGAGAAAAUUUAUCAAGCCUGCGCCGAUGAAGAAAUCAUUUGGCAUUUAAACCCGCCGAAAGCACCACACUUUGGGGGGCUAUGGGAAGCAGCCGUAAAAGUUUCCAAAUCACAGUUAUAUCGACAGCUGGGCAAUUCUCGUCUAUCCUACGAGGACUUGGCAACAGUCCUGGCUGAAAUAGAAGCUGCUAUGAACUCGCGGCCGCUUGUUCCCAUGACCGAGGACCCAGAAGACUUCUCAGUUAUCACACCUGCGCAUUUUCUAAUUGGGACAAGCAUGCAUGCUCUGCCUGAUGCCGACCUACGGAAAACUGCAUUUACUCGUCUUAAUCAUUACCAGCGCCUGCAACAAUUAUUCCAGAAUUUUUGGCAUCAAUGGAAGACGGAAUAUCUUCAAGAGCUCCAACGAGAUACCUGUGGACAUCAUCCGAACACAGAAAUUCAGCCUGGCCGGCUAGUUGUUGUAGUUGACGAAUUCCAACAUCCUGUUCGCUGGCCAAUCGCGCGCAUCGUGGAAGUACAUCCAGGAAAAGACAACCUUGUUCGCGUCGUAACUUUGCGAACACGCAAUGGAAUCUUCAUGAGGCCCAUCUCCAAGAUUUGUCUAUUGCCAGAUGAAACUGCAGUACACUCAGCGAAGCGUGCAAUUUUGAUUGAUUCCGAUUUGGAACUCCCGGCCGCAGGGGACACCAUCGCAACCACCACCAGCAGCAGCAGAAGCAGCAACAGCAACGGUGACGAUCGGUCGAAUGCUUCCAUUGCCGAACUUCCAGCGGAAUUGCACCCCUCUCCGGGGCUGGCGGUAACCCGUCGCGCUGCUGCUGCCUCUGCUUCCUGCCCGGUCGCUUCCGUCAAGACUAAUGACUGCGACAGACUGGGUCGGAAGCCGAGUCCGGACCUAAAUCAACGGUGGCACCAGCAGGCGCCGCAUCUAGGGCUAAAUCGGUCUUCGGAGGCAACCGAAAUGAAUACUUUUCACGGCGACGGAGGCAAAUACCGAAGGGAUUAUGGUGAUAAAUUUGAGCUGCGUGAAAGUUGCUUGCCGGCGGGAGAAAAGAAGCUUUGCCAAAAUCGCCCGAUAAUAGGUCAGAUUAGAGACGGGGACCGAAAACGAGAAUUGAUGCUACAGUGCCAGCAGAAGCAGCAGCAGGAGCAGCACCAUUUUAGGGCCGAAGUACGGCCGGGCACUGAUGGGAAGACUAUCUGUGCCGAUGACGAGCCCGCUGCCACCCGAAAGGAGGAGUUUUCUAUUGACUUUGCUCCAGCUCUAGCACUGGCAGUGGCAGCCCGAGCCGAGCUGCCCGGGAUUGCGGAACGGAUUCGCUACGCGCCAGAGAGCUUUCCAUCUCUUACACCACCGCACCCGCAUCGGGCUAGCAGCAGCGGCGGCCCAACACUUGCAGGAACCGACCGACCGCCGCCGCCCCGGCCAAGAUAA